AUGAUGCAACUAGAUCAAUUUAUUUAUCUUGCCACCCCGACCAAUUCUGGCGGAAAGGGUGGCAUCAAAAAGCACAUUCCUAAUGUUGCAAAACAUCUUCGGACGGGCGGCUAUCAAACUGCCAUGGUCGGAAAAUGGCACCUUGGAGAGAGUGUGGACAGCCAGCCCACGGGGUUCGACUACUGGUCUGUUCUACCGGACCAAGGCCACUACUGGGAUCCAGAUUUCACAGAACCGGAUGGAGAGCAUAUUGAGCCAGGAUAUGUCACUGACAUCAUUACUAACAUAUCACUGAACUGGAUCAAGACUCGAGAUCGCAACCGUUCGUUCUUCCUCUUGUGCCAUCAUAAGGUGCCCUACCGCCUGCCCGAUACAUUCUCAGACAACUAUAGGAAUCGUGCUAAGGCGGGCAAGGUCGCGAAAAUGCGCGUCGCCGAAGACUUUACGUAUCAGGACCUCGGACUGGUUCAGCCGGAUGGUGGUCGCCGAGUUGGCGAGCCCGGGAUUCAAGAAAAAGGGAAUUCUGAGCGCAAGAUUCCUGCACCAACUACAGAUGUGGAACUUUGGUCAAUGAGGGUGAUUGGCAAGGAUGAUGGCACUGGCUUUACCUUUCAAAGUCACCCUGAGUUGGCCGAGUUUAAGUUUCAGCGAUACAUGCAACGCUAUCUUCAUGCCAUUCAGUCCGUUGAUGACAACCUAGCUGAAAACAUGAUUGUAAUUUACACGUCUAAUGAAGGCUUCUUUCUCGGUGAGCAGUCUUUCCAAAUGCCAUUCCUGAUCAGGUACCCCAGGGAGAUUAGGGCCGGCCCAGUAGCAUAUCACCGGUACUGGAUGCAUAACGAUGUCAUCCAUCAUGCAUAUGCGAACUACGGUAUACGUAAUCAGACGUAUAAGUUGAUCUAUUGGUACAAUGAGCCCUUGGGCGUCAAGGGCGCACGCUCGGGAGGGGAGGAACAUAAGGAGUGGGAGCUGUUCGACUGUGAGCAAUACCCAUUGGAGCUGUUUAAUGUAUAUCAUGAAAGGGAUUACCAACAGGUGGCGAGGGAAAUGACCGCGCUGCUAGAGAAGAAGAUGGUGGAAAUUAGGGAUGAGCCUAUAUUGGUAUUUUGUAUGUUCGUUAAAUCCUCGUAA